GUCUCCUCAACAUCCUGGUGCUCAGUUAAAACUGUCUGCUGAAGAGAAACAAUAUAUAGCGCUCACAAUGUCAGCUGCUGAAGGCGAAAAGCUGAACUCAGAACCCCACGAAGAGCACCAGAAUCAAGAAGAGGGCGAUGUGGAACCCGAUAUGGAAUAUGGAGAUGAAAUUGGGAUGGGAUAUGUAUUCUACAGGGAUAGAAAAGAAUGGGCUGAUAUUGAUCCAGUGCCACAGGAUGAUGGGCCAAACCCGAUUGUAAAGAUUGCCUACUCUGACAAAUUUAUGGAUGUGUUUGAUUAUUUCCGAGCUGUGCUUCAGCGAGAUGAACGGAGUGAGAGAGCAUUUCAGUUAACUGCAGAUGCCAUCGAACUUAAUGCUGCAAACUACACAGUAUGGCAUUAUCGAAGAGUUCUUGUACAGUCAUUACAGAAGGAUCUGCGUGAAGAGAUGAAGUAUAUUACAGCUAUCAUUGAAGACCAACCCAAGAACUAUCAAGUCUGGCAUCACAGACGGAUGAUAGUGGAGUGGUUGAAAGAUCCUUCCGAAGAGCUGGACUUUAUUGCUGAUAUUCUAAGUCAGGAUGCAAAGAACUACCAUGCCUGGCAACACCGGCAGUGGGUUAUUCAGGAGUAUAAGCUUUGGGACGGUGAAUUGGAGUAUGUUGACCAAUUGCUGGAUGAAGAUGUAAGAAACAACUCGGCUUGGAACCAGAGGCAUUUUGUCAUCUCCAACACAACAGGAUACAACGAUGCUGCGGUUCUGGAGAGAGAAGUCCAGUAUAGUCUCAAGCUUAUCAAAAAGGCUCCUCAUAAUGAAAGUGUUUGGAACUAUCUAAAAGGAAUAUUGCAGGAUCAUUGCUUAUCUGCAUAUCCAAAUUUACUGCAGCAGAUUCUUGAACUGCAGCAAACCCAUAGCUCUCCCUACCUGAUCGCCUUCCUUGUAGACAUGUAUGAAGACAUGCUUGAGAAUGCAUGCAGUAACCAGGAAGAGACCUUAAACAAUGCACUGGAGCUAUGUGACCUUUUGGCUAAAGAAAAAGACAGCAUAAGGAAAGAGUACUGGAAAUACAUAGGGGGAUGUCUUAAGAACAAAUACGGCAAAGAAGAAUCUAAGAGUCCAUUAGAGGAGCAAUAAGAGUUGGAAAUAUUUGCUAUUUCAGAAGGGAUUGUAUGAAGGGGGUGGGGUGGGGGGGAUGUACCCAAUUAAAAAGUUGUGCCUAGAAUUGUACAGUAAAAGCUAAACCAGCCAAUAUAGAUGAUGUGACCAAGGAUGGCAAUAAGACUCCCAUUGCAUAGCAGUUUGGUCUAUUGGUUUUACUAUGAGUUUAAUAUAACACUCCUGAGCUUCUUACCUAUACACUGGCUAAUCAAGCUUGUAGUAAAACCUGGAAUUUCAGCUGCUUUGCACCGGGAGUUCUAUUUCCAUCCCUGUGUGAUGCAUGUAAGAGUAAGUUUACAUGGACUGAAAUCACCUCUGCAUCUCGUUUUUACUUCAGUACAGUAAAACAAAGUUAUGUGGACAUGUAGUGCAUAUAUUACGGUACUUGGCCACUAACGUAUUUAAAUUAUGGUAAAAAUGAGUCAUUUAUUUAUAGGAUGGUGCUUUAUUAGCUCUGAUCAAAGGAAGAAAUAAAGGCUUUAAAACUAGUUUGUUGUAGACAUUAACAUAUUUCCAAAACCAAUUAUUUUACCAGGCAAAUCAAUGCUUAUAACUGCAUUUACUUUUGUACUUUUAGAUGUAAUAAUA